GAUCACAAGCAAGCAUUUUAAUUAUCCGCCAGAUAGUAUCAUUAAUCGAAUAACGGAAGCAGAAAUAAAUUGUGGGAAGAAUGAAGUAUUAGUGGAGUUAGCAAAUAAGCAUUGUGCCUGCUCCCAAAUGGACCCUUCCAAUCAUGCGAAAUGUUUGAGCUGUAGACAUUCCCUUCCAAAAUAUUUGCCACUAUGCAAUCCAGCCAAAUAUGAGCACAUAUAUGAUCGGAAAACUGGCCUUAUCACUGUCAAGAAUAUAAGACAGGAUAGAGUUGUAGGCGUAUUUGAUUAUCCUGAGCUAUAUCAAACGGAUAAUAGAGAUUUUGCAUCUCAACCAAGCUCUCCGGUCUUAGAACCCGAAAAGA